AUGGAGAAUCCGGAUGACAAGAAGGAGGACUACAAGACCUUCUACAUGAAGCAGAAGUAUCGACAGGACACCUACCAGGUAAUGAAGCACAUGAAGAUUUCUGCCUCCUUAGAUAAAGGAACUCCAAAUAUGGAGAGGUGGAACACCCGGAUCAAGAAGGAGAUGAACGACUGGCUGGCCAUCUACCGACGGCAGAACGUUUCAGUGGGUAGGCAGAGCUACUACUCGCUCUACUCAGCCAUCAAUACGCUUGCAUCUCACUUCACUUCCUAUGGACCCAAGUUCCCGUUCCCCAACAAGCGGCGUCCGCGCUUCUUUGAGUUGUGCCAGCAGGUGGAGAAGUGCGCCGGAAGUAGAGCUGACCUCCAAUCCUCAAUGGCGAUGCUGGUGAUUGGAGCCAAUACCUCCGGCUCUCAGGACUUCGUGGUUUCCAUGGCCCUUGUUGCCGUGGCAUUGGGAAUAUGGCUUUUGGAGCGCGCAGGAUACGCUCAGUUGAUCUCAUGCGUCAGAGUCUUGAAGCGGUUGGCACCGGAGCUGUUGGCGCUGUCCUUCGGCCUCUCGUUGGCAUCUGCUUUGGUUUACUGUGGACAGCACAAUGGUGGCGCUGAGAUCCCCAAGGAGGAUCAGGCUUUGUGGAGUGACAUUAAUGCAGAGUGGCCGGUGCUCAAAACAGCAGAUAGCCUGCUUGGAAUUCAGGCCAUGCUGCGCUUGGUACUUUUGAGCUCAGCCUUGCUUCGGAAGGGAGACGACGAGGCCACCUCUGCCAUGGCUAUGGAGCCCAUGGGCUUUCUCUUCCUUGCAUCUUGCACCCGUGCGAUUUUGCUUCUUUGCAGCCCCUGGGAGGUGUACCACCUUGACGGCCCUUUGGGUGGUGCCUUAAACUUGGCCUGUGAGAUUUGUGCAGUGCCACUCACUGCUUGGCUUUGCAGGCCUUUGCGUCGUAAUAUUUAUGGCGUAAGUUGCAUCGCUAUCAUUUGGUUGGCCCUGGGCUUGCUGGCGUCACAGCAACAUCUAGCUUUGGCAGAUCCUGGCCAAGAGUAUUUGGAUGUGCUCUUUUCUUGGAGCAAAUUGGCACAUUGA